AUGUUUCGAUUUUCCUGUCACUGCGUGGUAAUCAACAAACUGGAAAUUGUCAAAUCGACGUCGGGGCAGACAGUCAUCGAACUCCUCCAUAACAUCCCACGGUCCGUCACCAACUCCGACAACUAUGAUACUCAGGGGGAAUUCAGAUGCAUUGACGAUAGCUUGGAUGGUACCAGGCUCCUCUCUAUAUAUAUAAAAUCUAUCUAUCUAUCUAUCUAUCUAUCUAUCUAUCUAUCUAUCUAUCUAUCUAUCUAUCUAUCUAUUAAAAGGUGCGAAGGUGGUGGGCCCGCUCAGAGUGACACUACGAGCCAGCUCAUUGUACCUUUCCAAAACCUCCUGGAAGCCGUGACACGGAUUACCGGACUGAUUGAAACAGAACACAUCCUGAUCUAUCCCGGGACUGACCCGAUGAAGGCACUGACCACCGAACGUCUUCCUUCCUUGCCAUUCAUUGCUGGCCGUAAAAUCGACGCCGACGAUCAGCUGGCAGCGGUCAAGUCCGGCCCUUUUACACGCUUUGCUGACCUCUUCGAACGUUUCGAAGUGGUCCUCGAACGAGAAGAAGUAGUUCUUGUUGCCAUAGUCCGGAAUUCCGAGCAGAGCCAAGAAAAAACUAAAUUAAAUCUAUCUAUCUAUCUAUCUAUCUAUCUAUCUAUCUAUCUAUCUAUCUAA